AUGAGAAGGAUGCCAAUAAAUGAAAUGAGAGAGACGAAGACCCGUGCAUCUUCAAUGUGGGCGCCGUCCUUGAUAAUCAAUCUUUCAUGGCAUAAUUUGAAGGCUUCCUUAAAGAUUGAUUAUUAUGUUCUCGAUGAGCGCCGUCAACUUGAUCCUGAGCUGCGCUAUCACAGGAGUAAGAACAAUAUCACAGUAAGGGCAGUGCCAUCCAGUAGUAAACGCACGCUACGCCAAAUCCAUCGUGCAAUUAAUAUUGAUGAUGGAAGGUGGGGACUAAAUAACUUGUACCGUUUGCUGUGUAGGAUUGUGGAUAGACGGAGUACAUGUUUGGUGAUUGGGCUCGAGGAAGCGAGGAGAGGGAAUGCCUGGAACGCAAAGGAUGACUCGUCAUAUAACAGCAAGAAUCGUACCUCUUCGUGCACCCAUGGAAGGGGCCCCACUAUCACCUUGGCUGACUUUGCUAUCCUCGCUAGCGCUUUCCGCGACAACACCAUCAUUCAACCACAAACUUCCUACUACUGA